AUGCCAGCGAGAACUCGCAAGAGAAAGACCUCUGAGGAGGAGGAAGCAGGUGCUGAGCAAGUCACCAAGCCCGCCACCAAGACCGCUCGGACGACCAAGAGAAAACCCAAAGCCGGGCAAGGAGAUGCGACGAAAGGUGACACGGGGGCUGCGAAGAAAGGGCGGGCGGGUGCCAAUAGUGGCUCGAGUACAGGUGGAAGGAAGCAGGCGAAGCCAUCUGCGUCGGUAGCCAAGCGCGAGAUCCGGAAGCAGGCUGACGAUUUGCUCCUCAUGUUGGAAAAUCGAUUGGAUGGUGCUGGGUCACACAUAGGAUCUGGCGCUGCUAGAGGCAGUCUGUUCAGUUCCAAAGUUGAUGCAGUCCUGAAAGAGACUGGCGACAUUGGACUCAACAAGGCAAUCGAUACUCGUUGUGUCGUAUUCGAGAGUGUACACGGACGUAUAAAGCACUUGCAAGAGUUAAUGGACGAAUUCGACACCAUCAACAAGAGCUCCAUCAACAUCAGGAAGCCCACCGAGGGCCAACAGUGGACUCAAGAUGCAGAGAACGUCGCAAAGGUUGAUAAGAAGGCAAUGGAGAUUGCUAUACAGAUGCUCAACAGGGUAAUCAUUGCCGGUGAAUACUCGAAUCUUUCACGUGCAUCGGCAGGUUCUGGCAGCGAGGUUGAGCAGGCCGCUUGGAAGUGGUUGGAAGGCGGCAUGCCAGCAGCCGAGGACACUUGGGGAUCGGCAGCACGAGAGACAGUCCGGGCUUUUGCGGCAAUCACCAAGCUUCUGUCAUGA